GGGUACCUGAACCGCAACCCAUAGUCUUUCCCGAUAAGUUCAUCCUUUUUUUUUUCUUUUUUUUCCCGAUAAGUUCAGAACAAAGAGAAUACCGAGCUUGAAUUCACACGGAAGACUGAGAGGCAGAUAGAGCUUGAUGGAAGACUGAGAUGAAAAAUGGAAUUGGAAAAGGGAGUUCAGAGAUGGAUAGUUGACAUCUCAGUGUGGGAGCCAACUCCCCAGGCCUUUUCCUUCGCCAUGAAUUUUCUUCCGCAGCAUGAGCAUUCUUCCAUCACUAGGUAACCUGCAAUUCUUUCUCUUUCCCCCAUGUAUGUGUCGGAUUUGAUUGAUACUUAUUUAAUUCGGAGCAAGAUUAUUGAAAAUUUUAGAGUAUAGACUGCAAAGUUGACUCCUUUGAAUAUUAUAAAUUCUAAGUACACCUUUAACCUUAGAUAAGGGAUUGAUCUGAUUGCUCAUACAAUCUAGAGUGGAGCUGGCAGCUCAAUUUGUGAAAUAAUGGAACAGGUUACCCUAAUGAGGGUCCUGACAGUUACAAAGAGAGAAGAUUCUGGUGGUCUAGUGAUUCCCGGGGAGCCGGUAAAAGUCGGACCAUAGAAUUGUGACCCCUGUGUUGCCGGCGAGGAGGUGAGAGGCGGCAUGGGCUCGAGUCUGGGAAUCUGCCACGGAAAACUGGACGGUAAACUCUGGAACAACGGUAAUGGCGUCGGAGAGGACCAUAGACCUGAGUUCGGGAUGAGUUCUGACGUUGCGGCCGGCUGCAACACGACGGACAUCGUCGUGGCGCCAGUGAAGGAGUCAGCCAUGGAGAGAGGCACGGUGAUCGAGACAGAAGCUGGGGACGAAGAGAAAGCCUCUGCCAUGGUGUAGGCAUCGCUGGUCGUCCCGACGACAUCUGCAGCGGAGGUAGCGGCGCUAGUCUGCAUAGUGGCGGCGCAGUGAGCGGGAAAAAAAUCUAGGGUUUUUGAAAUUUUUAAGCUCUUGAUAUCAUGUGAAAUAAUGGAACAGGUUACCCUAAUGAGGGUCCUGACAGUUAUAUUUAUAAUAAUAAGAGUUGCCAAAAAUACAUAGGUAUUCCUAAUCUAUAUUAACUAUUAACUAUUACAAUUCUGAUCUUGAUGGUGGCUGUUACUCAGUUUUGGGUGUAAUAGUGAUAUCUAAGAAAUCUUUAUCUUUUGUUAUGGAUUUAACAAAUGUUGUAUGUUAUCAACUAGAUUUGUCAAAGUGGGAGAUCGCAAACGAGCUCUAGUGAGCAGAUUGUUGCAGUAUUCUUUGGUACAUCAUGUAUUGGGAAUCCCAUACAAUGAGAUAUGUAUUAGGCGGACUGUUGAGGGAAAACCAUAUCUGGUACUUGGAAGUGAAGCUGUGGACUUCCCAAACUUCAACUUCAAUGUCUCUCAUCAAGGAUUGGAAUGGAAUAACAUUUUAAAUGCUGGAUCUGACAAUAAAAUGUUAGGGGAGCUUUAUAGAUACUGGAGUUUGAAGGAGGCAUUCGUUAAAGCCAUAGGUAAUGGUGUAGGGCAUAGAUUGGACGAGUUAAUGGGAGAGUACUAAAAGAUUGGAGAUUUUGGCUUUUAGACUUGGGAAAGAAUCACUUGGUUAGUUCUUAAUGUAUUUCUUACUCUCUCAAUAAUAUCAGUUUCUUACUUGACAUUUAAACAAGGAAAGAAAUCAUGAGUGCUUGUUUGGUCGAGCACCACGUUUUUCCAGAUGUUGUGGCAUGUUCAAGGUGGUUUUCACUUCUUAUUGAACCAACUUUGCUUUCUGUGAAUGUUUGGUUUGCCC